CCGUUCAUGAGUUUAAACCUCACUGGAUACGUUUGGGAAGUCUGAUCCGUUCCUGGAGUUUUUCAAAAAAGGAGAUGAUGGAAAGUGGCAGCUGGUCCACAGAACAGAGGUGGUGAAGAACAAUCUGAGUCCCACCUGGAAGACGUUUACAGUUCCUCUACAGACGUUCUGCGGCAGCGACCUCGAGAGACCGCUGAAGGUGGAUUGCUCUGAUCAUGACAGUGAUGGAUCUCAUGAUCUGAUUGGUUCUUUCACCACUAAAGUCUCUGAGCUGCAGAAAGGAGGACACGGUUCACCGGUGGAGUUUGAGUGCAUCCAUCCUGAGAAACAAAAGAAAAAGAAAAGCUACAAGAACUCUGGAGUCGUCUCCGUAAAGAGCUGCCAGCUGAUGGCUCAGUACUCCUUCCUGGACUAUGUGAUGGGCGGCUGCCAGAUCAACUUCACUGUGGGGAUCGACUUCACCGGCUCUAAUGGUGACCCUCGCUCGCCCAACUCUCUCCACUACAUGAGUCCAGACGGGCUGAACCAGUACCUGUCUGCUCUGUGGUCUGUGGGUCAGGUGGUCCAGGACUACGACACUGAUAAACUCUUCCCAGCGUUUGGGUUUGGAGCCAAACUGCCUCCAGACUACCAGGUUGCACACCACGAGUUCGCUCUCAACUUCAACCCCAAUAAUCCCUUCUGCCAAGGCUCUGGCUCCACCCACCACAUCGACCACCCUUCAGGGACCAACCUGACGUGUUGCACGAAAUCUCAGCCAAUCACAAUGCAGCACUGAGCUGUCAGCCAAUCAGGAUGCCAUGAGCAACCCCUCCCCAGUUU